AUGAAUACAGAUACUCUUUGUAAGUUUUGUACAGGAAAUCAAAGCAAAUAUGUUUGUCCAAAAUGUGGAGCUCCUUAUUGUUCCUUAACAUGUUACAAAUCGUCGAUUCAUUUAGAGUGUACAGAACAAUUUUACAAAGAAUGCAUUCAAGAAGAAUUAGAUGUUCAAGAUUCGGAUGAUGUAGGAAAGAAGGAAAUGAUAGACAUUCUUAAAAGAGUGUAUGGAGAAAAUGAAGAUUCCGAAAGUGAUUCAGAUGAUGAAGAAUUCACAGAUAUCAAUGACCGAUUGAAUGGGAUUGAUCUAAAUGAUGCUGAGGUAGUUUGGAGUUAUUUAACCGAUUCAGAAAAAGCAGAAUUUGAACAUCUUGUUAAGUCUGGUGAUAUCUCUAAAAUUCUACCUCAGUUUACUCCUUGGUGGUGUUUACCGAUUGAAAAACAAAUAGUAACUGAAGUUGGUGAGAAUAUGAAUGAUAGUGAGUUUCCACAUUUAAUAACAAACAUUCCAAAAUUAUCUAUACUUUCAAAAAAAUCACCAUCGGAUUGCAUUCAAUGGAAUUUAGUCAAUAUGAUUACUCCAUAUGUGUUUUUGAUACGGUAUUAUAAUGGAAAACAUAAAUCAUAUUUAUCAGAAUUUAUCAAUGGACUUUAUAAUUUGUCAAAAAAUCUAUGUCUUAAUCAGAAUUUUGAAUCUUAUGACAUAGCUGUCAAAUCUGUUGAGCUUUGUAUUCAAGAGCAUGAAAUGUUCAAAGGUUUUCAAGAAGGUUUUAUUCUUAUAAAUAACGACUUGGAAACAAUAUUUAGUAAUGGUUUGGAUUCCAACUGCAAUUAUAACAUAAAAUUAGCUUUAUCUGAUAUACAUAAUUUACUGACAAUGUAUAAAAAUGAGCAAAAAAAUAUUUCAUUGAAAAAAACAGAACAAGGAGAAUUUAAUAGAAGUUUCCCUGAUGCUAAAGCCAAUUAUUCGAUACUUGUAGACAUUAAGAAAGUACGUUUGUUACUGAAAAAGAUUGAAUAUUUUUUAUCUUGGGUGGAUGAAAGUAAAUUAUAA